CGCUGAUCAAGCGAAGCUAACGUUAGCUAGUUUGGCUAUUGUUAAUGUGACGUUAAACAAUUAACGUUAAUCGACAGCAGUGUAACGUUUAGCCAACGUGUAACCACCGUCUGUAAACAGUCAUUAUCCUCGCCGCAUUUAGAAGAUGUAUAAAUCCACCGUGUCAGACGCAGUAUGUGGCGAAGAUGCAGAUAAAUGUUACAUCUGUCUGAGUCCAUUUGAGAAGCAAGUAGUUGCCUCUCUGGAGAAGUGCCAGCAUGUAUUUUGCCUUGAAUGUAUACUGCAGUGGUCCCAGACAGCUAACACGUGUCCUGUGGAUCGGACCACUUUUGAUUCCAUCCAGCAGAGACGGCGUCCCGGAGGGGCCGUCCGCAAGAAGAUUAAAGUUAAGACAAAUAAAAGGGAAGACGAUUAUGACGAAGAAGAAGAAGAAGAAGAAGAGGGAAACAACACUGUUAUCUGCGAGGAAUGUGGACGCGGCGACCGCAGGCACCGACUGCUUGUGUGCACGCGCUGUGAUUCAGGCUAUCAUACGGACUGCUUGACUCCAUCAUCAGACAGCGGCCCUGGAGGUGACUGGAUUUGUGCUCAGUGUGCAGUCACUCCCCAGCAUGCGGACGAGCUCACGGUGGAGGGCGAGAUCAGUGACGGGGAGCUAACGGACCUCCUAGCUGAAGUAGAUGAAUCUGCGUCCACUAGCACUCGCCUUCGGCCCUCCUCUUCACAUCGUCCCAGCAGCUCCGCCGAUCGACGACACAGUCAGAGGCUCCAGAGCACAGCCGGCGCCGAUCCUCCUCCGCGGCCCCGCAGCUCCUGGCAUGUACCUCGACACCUGUUGCGGGCGGCAGAGCCUGCAGGAACAACAGAAGGAGGAGCUCAACUUCGCCACAGUGGAGGCAGCAGUGCUGCUUUCAAGAUAAAAAGAAGAAAGAGUAGGAAGCGUGCUACUUGAUCUCCCGACACCAAGAGGAGUUGUUGGAUUGUGUGUCUUAUUACUUCUCCCUAAAUGAUCACAUGGGGGCAGCAUUGGGUUAUAAACAUGAACCUGAACAGAGGAAGAAGUUAUUGUUUAUUUAUCUAAAAAUUGUCUUUAGUUGAAUGUUUUUAUUUUGUUUUUGUUAAAAAUAUGAGGCUAACAUUGUUCUAUACUUUUCUUACUGUCAAUAAACCCCAUGAAAGUACCAAAACCAGCAAUCGGUUCGUUCUCUGAGUAAUGUGAGGAGGGCCGACCUGUUCUGGAGCACUCAGCGCUUUAGUUACUGAAGAGGGAAAUCUUGUUAACGCGUCAAAAAUUUAAACAUACAUUUUUGGUAAAUAAAUGUGCAUUUUGA